AUGGAAGCCAAUAUCCAGCUCAUGAGAGUUAUCCAGGAAAUGCGGGCAGAAAUCAACAAGCUGGAGAAAGAGAAUCAAACCCUCCGGAUGAAGCUGACUUCAAGAAGUCAGAGAACCCCAGGCUCAGGGGGACAAUCGGGAGAUGAAAGGGAGGAGGAAGUCACAGACCUUGAUGACCUCGGAAAAGUGCCUGGACAAUCUCCAUCAGUCCUCCAUGGUGUUUCCACUGAUUCAGCACCAGCUGUGCGGGAACAGCAAGGCAACGUCAUGAUUGUUAGACGCUAUUCCAUUUCCUCACCAGUUCAUUCAUUUGCUGCAAAUGAUCCCUGGAAAACUGGGAAAAGAAACCCAAAUAGUGGAAUUCUAGAAGCUCAGGGAACAGUUAAAUCACUGGCCUGUUCUUCAAUUAAGAAGCAAGACAAUGAGGGGAAGAUGUUUGCAGCGGAUUCUUUUACCAGCAAUAAUAGUUCCAGCCAAAGAGCUUUUCCCGAGGAUGCAUUUGGCUGCAGGGACAAGAUAAAGACAGUCAGUUUCCUGCUGCCCAUGGACAUGUCUUCAUUUUCCAAAAAUUCAAGCUCUUUGAAAUACUCAUCAAAUCAGACCACAAAUCAGCUAAGUACCAUUGCAGAAUAG